UCGAGGCUUGGCAUUCGUGUGUCGUUUACCAUCGUCUCUCUUCACAAAUUCAGAUCUGAGAAGCACAGACCUCUCUCUCUCUCUCUUAGGGUUUCGCAAAACCAGUGUGGAGAUGAGGAGGUACAGCCCAGAGUACUACAGUCCUCCGAGGAGAUCCUACGGCGGCGGCGGCGGCGGUGACCGGGGGAGGAGCCCGCCGAGGAAGCGCAGGGAGCAGAAUAGCGGGAGCCUUUUGGUCCGGAACAUUCCUCUGGAUUGCAGGCCGGAGGAGCUGAGGAAUCCCUUUGAGAGAUUUGGACUGGUUCGGGAUGUCUACAUUCCCAAGGAUUACUACACUGGGGAACCUCGGGGAUUUGCAUUUGUGCAAUUUGUGGAUUCUUAUGAAGCUGCAGAGGCUCAGUAUCAUAUGAAUGGUAAAAUUUUUGCUGGGAGGGAGAUAUCUGUGGUACUUGCUGCAGAGACUAGGAAAAGACCAGAGGAGAUGCGUCAAAGAACUAGGGUUAGAGGGCCAUCAUCAGGCUAUGGGGACAGAAGAUCAUCUCAUUAUGGACGCUCUCCUUCUCGAUCACACUCUCCACACUAUCCGUCAGGUUCUAGAAGUCGGUACCGCUCAAGGUCCUAUUCCCCUGCUCCAAGAAGACAAGGUGGCUCUGUUUCGCCAGUUAGGAGGCGUGGUGACCAUCCAAGGUCAUCUCGUGACCGCCCGAGAUCACCUCUUGAUCACCCAAGGUCAUCACGUGAUUCUCCACUUGAGAGAGGUGUUGAUCACGAACAAAGGCCAUAUUCUCCUGGUUAUGAUAAUGGUGUUGGACAAACUGAAAAUGGAGAUGGUUUUGACAAGAAACCUAGGUAUGAUGAUGAUAUAGAACCACGAGGCAAUUGGAGGUCUCCUGAUAAAGCAUCAAGAUCACCAUCUGGUUCUAGGUCCAGAUCUGCUGAGUUAUCUCCUAGGCGCAGCAGAUAAAGACAGCAAUUUGAAGGCCUAAACAGACAUUUGGUCAUGUUGGGAAGAUUUUAAUCUCCAGGUUGUAAUAUUAGUAAUUUAAGCCCAGAGUUGUAGGCUUUUGUGUCAAACAUUUUGAACACCCCGAAUCUUGUUUUUUUGUGUGUGUUUGGAACAAUGAAACAAUUAGACCUUGUUUGCUUGCGUUUGGACCAAUGUAACUAUUAGACCCUUGUUUGCU